AUGAAGGACACAUCUACCGAAUCUAUGCAGCAGUGUAGCACUGCAAUAACAGCUAUAUCUCUCAUUCUAAAGAGGGCCAUAACUGCCUCCGAAAGCGUGCAUCGAGAACUGAACGAUGAUGUUACAGUCGUUCAUCAUAAUACGGUCCAGGCUGCCAUGAAUACUGACAAUUAUUCUCUAAAUAUGGACUACGAGCAAGAACUUCUUCAACUUAGAGAGGAGCUACACGCUGAGCUUAAGAAACUGUUGUCGACACUAGUUGGUGAAUACCUACGGCAUAAAGAUUUAAUAGAGUCGUUAUCUAGAAGAUUAGAGAGCCUGUGCUCUAUAGAGGCCAAACAGGUAUCCGGUGCACCUUCAAAUCAACCAAGCAGUGAUCUUCCAUCUUCAUUUCCUAAUAUCCAUCGGCCUGAAGAUAACGUCAUAGCCACUGCAGCCGAUGCCAUUAUAGAAGAUCUAAUUUUGCAGCAUGCUCCCAACUUGUGCCUUGAUUUGACGGAGAUUCAGUUAUGGGGUAAAAGAGCUAGUCUUCCUGUAUUAAUUGGCAUCGUUAACCGGCUUAUUUUGCAGUAUACUACCACAGAGCUUACACUUUCUGAAAUAACGCAAAUACUUAAUUCUACAAUUACUAGCAUAAAUGAUUUAAAGCUUUCCUUUGAGCUAUUAACCUCCCAUCUAACUAGAGACGCCUUCAGACUAGUAGAUAUUAGCCAUACUAAUCCACCAAGAGGAAAAGGUGCAAGUAUCAUUGAACCUCUUUGUCUAGCAUUAUUAUAUUGGCUAACCGAAUUGAUACUUAAGGCUAAAGAAAAAGAUUCUCAAAUUGAAGCCAUAUUUUGUGCAGAUAGAAUGUCUGAUGACGCGACACUUAAAGACUUGAUGAUGCAGUUGCAAGUCAUUCGAGCAGACAACACUAGCACUCUGCUAUCUGAGUCUGCCCUUUGGGAAGUAGAAGAUAACCUGGAAUGCCGCAAAGCUGAGCUACUGGUGGAGUCAUGUAAAGAGGCGUCGGUGCUACUCAUUGAGAAGGACCGAUAUGUUCAAGAGAUCAAUAAGCUAUUGACGAUUCUGCUGAGUAUUUUACAUAAGAACAGCAGCCUUCCUUGUCCUUCUUUCAACGGGUCUCUUCUUUCAGAUUUAGUUUCAUCCAAGCUAGCUCUGCAACGGGUUGAGUUGGAGAAACAGCUGCUGGCCUGUUCUACGUCCUCAGUAUUGCUGAAAAAGCUUAUAAUCUUACAUGUAAUGCGCCACUAUGGCUAUUCAUCAUCCCUGGAUGUAUGGUCUGUUCCAUUAGGACCCCACGACAGUCUGUUGGUGGAGCAAGAGUAUCUCUCUGCACAGGAAUAUUCAGCUCUUGCAAACUUACAUAGUAAUCAUAGCGACUACGAGAACAAAGCGCUCUUGAUGAAAUUGAUAGCGGAACUCACUGAAGAUCUGGAUGCAGCCAAGCAGCUGCUAGAUGGGCUUUCACUUAAUAUGUGCAUUCCUGAGAUAAUUUUAGAUAAUACUGAGCAGUCUACCGAUCCUUUAUAUUCAUUGUCAGACUUAGAUUGCUUUUCCAGUUUAGACGUAAUUAGGAAACCUCUUAUGAUUCUAUCCUACGAAGAAUCUAUUCCACAGAUAGCUGGACUUAAAUGUAGAUCUGGAAGUCAUAAGGACUCUAGCAACCAGAUUACUACUCUGACAGAGGAUCUUCAAGCCAUGAUUUUGGAUCAUACAUCUGAUCAAGAGGUUUCUUUCUUAUCUGCAACACAGUACACUGCCAGGACAACAAUGAAAGAGCUUAGUGAGCUCAUCCAAAGUAGGCUCCAGCUGUUCAAGACUAUCUGGGAAGAUCUUUUAGAGAUUGCUGGAAAGCGAAAAGAGAUAAUGAAGAAUAUCAAAGGUUUCUUAUCUGGCUGCAUCGACGAAGUGUCUAGUACAGUAGCAGAUUCUUCUCAAAAGCUGUCGCUGAUUGUCAAGGAUGCGCUUUUGCACGCUUUGAAACUUCUUUCCGCAUCACCUUCAGCAAAUAUGGAUCUGCUGAAAAUCAUAUUGAACAAACUAAAGCAUCAAUUAGAAGAAUUUGAGGUCAAGUGCAUGCACAGUUCAUGCGAGCUCCGAUUCGAUCUCUUAGGGGAGACCCUGUCAAUAGAGUCGGUUCUGGAUGAAUUCAUUGAAAAAGCUCAACUCCAAUAUGACAUGGUGAUAUCAAGAGCAUAUUUGACCGUCACCUGGACAAAGCUGAUUUGUCUUAAAGAGUGUUGGUAUCCUAGGCCCAUGGCCGAACCCUUAUUAAUGGGACACAAGGCUCAUUGCUCAUCUAUACACUCGGCCAUAGAACACUUCGUUACACCUAUAGCCGUUCGCCAGGCACUAUUGGAUACGUUGGAUGCACUAGCUUUGCAACCAAAUACAGACACGUCUUUAGCUGAAGACGAUUUGCAUGUUUCAGGCUUGGUGAUCAGUCGCCCAACACCUCAUCUUACCGCCAGUAUCAAGGAUAGUAAGAAGACUGCAUCUAGCGUUUGCAGCGUCUCGUCAACUAUUUCCGCUGCAUCUUCGUUAGCAUGCAAAGUAGCGGCCGACGUGCUCGCGCCAGAUGCAUCUGAAAAGGGGUAUAUUAGUGCCCUUCAAAUGUCGCAAUAUGCCAAGGUUUCUAACUAUGCUUAUUCUGCGGCUCAUUCUACUUUUGCUACUGAUUCGGUAACCAGAACAAAACAGAGCACUGGAUCAUUGAUGGCCAGUCAAGCUGUUUACAAGUUAGGAACUGGCGUCAAGGCAAGGCAACAUGACACUUUAUUCAACGGAUAUUCAGAAGAUGUGGACACCCCCAUGGAGCAUGGAACCAUACACUACUUUGAUGAAAAUUAUGACAAGCUCUAUGUGGUUAAAGCUCUGGGAAGUUUGCGGAGACCGGAGGUGCGGAUGUUGGAAUACCUGUUUGGGUACAUGAAGCGUCCCCACCAUGUUCUUUACUGGACGGCAAAGGCGUUGCAUCUCUGUGAUUGCGCGGUUUAUCUUUCCGCCAACCUACAAGCUAUCGUCAUAACGCACUGUGAAAAAACCAUCUGUUCAAUCUCAUCGCGAUCCCUCGUGGCUGUGACAGAAAAUCCUCUCAAAAUGCAUCCUAUAGAUAAAGCAACUCGUUCUCUUCCUCUUGUUUUAUCAACCAGCAAUAAGGGAGAUUUAAUGCUACUUUUCACUGAAGAGAGAGGAGCAGUGGUUUUUAAGGUUGGUUUGCAAACACUUGUCCGACACCGUAAUAACCUCUCUAGACUGGCAAUUGUAAGUCAGUGCGAAUAG